AUUGGAGCGAGCAAUAGGAAGAAGUUGCAUGGCAGCUGGCAACGUAAACAUAUAAGUGUAAGCGCUGUAAAUGGUCAGGAUGACCCAGAAGCACUACCUGGAGGGGCAGGUGUACUCCGUGCCCCUCAUCCAGCCCGACCUGCGGCGUGAGGAGGCCAUCCAUCAGAUUGCCGAUGCCCUGCAGUACCUGGAGAAAAUCUCCACUGACAUCUUCAGCAGGGUGUCCCAAAGUGUGGAGAAAAACCGCGCCCACCUGCAGGCCGUCAACGACCGCAUCCAGCUGGCCCAGGCCCGCGUCCACAAGAUCAAGGGUAGCAAGAAGGCCACCAAGGUGUUUUCCAGUGCCAAGUACCCCGCGCCAGAGAAGCUGCAGGAUUACUCUUCCAUCUUCAUGGGCGCAUCGGACCCAGCCGCUCAAAAGCGCCCCCGCUACAAGGUGCAGGGCAAGCACCGCCCCCUGGAUGACAAGGCACUGCAGGAGAAGCUGAUGUAUUUCCCGGUGUGUGUGAACACCAAGAAAUGCGCGGAGGACGAGGCGGAGGAAGGUUUGGGGAGUCUGCCCAGGAACGUCAGCUCUGUGAGCUCCCUGCUGCUGUUCAACACCACCGAGAACCUGUAUAAGAAGUAUGUGUUCCUGGAUCCUCUGGCGGGCGCGGUGACCAAGACGCACAACACUCUGGAGACGGAGAAGGAGGAGAAGCCCUUCGACGCCCCCCUGUCCAUUACAAAGAGAGAGCAGCUGGAGAGACAGACGGCAGAGAACUACUUCUAUGUGCCAGACCUGGGCCAGGUGCCCGAAAUUGACGUGCCGUCCUACCUGCCCGACCUUCCGGGCAUUGCCGAUGACCUCAUGUACAGCGCUGACCUGGGCCCAGGCUUUGCGCCCUCCGUCCCCGCCAGCGCCACCAUCCCCGAGCUGCCCUCCUUCGGGGGUGAACCCGAGGAGUCCAACGGUCCCGGUUCACAGUUCAGAGCGGAAGCCCCGCCUCCGCCACCACCUCCCCCGCCUCCGCCCCCCCCUCCCGAAUCCCCCCACUUGAACUCCUCCGCCCCACCUGGGGCUCCCCCAGCCCCUCCCCCUCCUCCGCCCCCUCCCCCUGUCCCACCCACUGGAGGCAGCGACCCGGGAAGCCAGGCGUCUUCAGCUGGCGCAGUGCAGGGGGUGCCCUCCGAGGUGGUGCAGCCGUCGGACGGCAGGGCCAGCCUCCUGGAGUCCAUCCGCAUGGCCGGCGGCAUCGGCAACGCCAAGCUGCGCAACGUCAAGGAGCGCAAGAUGGAGAAGAAGAAGCAGAAGGAGCAGGAGCAGGUGGGAGCGGCUGCCAGCGGAGGGGACUUCAUGUCAGACCUCUUCAACAAGCUGGCCAUGCGGCGGAAAGGCAUCUCCGGAAAGGGCCCGGUGGGGGGAGAAGGGGCCGACGCCCCGGCGGGCUCCGGCAGCGCCUUCGCCAGGAUGUCAGACGUCAUCCCACCCCUCCCCGUCCCCCAGCAGCCGACUGCGGAAGACGAGGAGGACUGGGAGGCGUAACCACCAAGCACCCGCGGUCCUGUCGAAAGAACUGAAAGGAUUCCUGGCCAGGAGCAGGCGAGGCUUCCUGAUUCUGAGAUUCAUUUCAAGGACUGGCAGAAGCUUGCCUGUUGACAAACAGAAAAAAUAUAUACAUUUAUAUGUAUUUCCCCAGAAAUACUGUCUGAGCAGUUAUUAGCUGUGAAGUAAGCAGGGAGUUCAACACUCGACCUUUGUGUUUCUCACCAUUAGUUGUAAUGUCAGUGUGAGCUAGCUUUAGCACAUUUCCUUUCUGUGGUUUGCUUGAAUGAAUGCAGCACCGGAGAGCUGAGACACAUUCUUGGGCAUUUUAAACACUGACAAAUUCUUUCAUUUUUCUCCUCUAACUCUCUCAUAGUAAAACCAGUUUUGGAAGCAUCCCUUCUGCUACAGUUAGCAUGUUAAGCUAUUUUGUCUUAUCAUGACUUUUUAAUAUGACACCACUUUCCUGUGCCCUUCAUUCAGUCUUUUCUUUGUAAUGACAGGCUAACAGAACCACCUUUCGCGGCCUUUUUGGACUUCACCCAAUUCAGCUUUUAGUUGCUUUCUGCGUUGAAACCAUCCUGCAGCCCCUUUCAAUUACUUUUUUUUUUUUUUUUUUUUUACUUUUCUUGUUCCUCAUUUUCCAUAUUUGGUGGGACAGGCGGGCCGCUCCACAGGUGGAGAUUGUGAACAGCGCAAAGCAAACAUGAACCACCAGCACUGGCCCCACCACCAGAUGGCACAGGAAGGAGCGGCACGCUGACAGGGGAUUUGUUAGCUCAUUCACAGCCCCUGUGUUCCAGAUUUCUGGAUUCAUUUGUGCGUAAUUAUAGGCACUGACGGGGGACCGGGCUACGCUAGUCACAGUCACAAUGGCGUCACCUGCAUACGUUCGCUUUAGCACCUGGUCCUUUUCGCCUCACACAGCAAACUGCAGACUGGGCACCGGGCUCCUCGCUGUGUAACUGGUCUGCUGUGUGGACUGCCGCUCACUGAAGCAGAGGGAGUUGUUAAAGUGAAUCCCUCCCGCAGUUCACACCUGUUAUGAUCACAGCAAGGAAUGGGGCAUCAUGAGUGUUUAUGAGAUACUUUCUCUACUUGCCCACCCUGUAAGUGUGUGUGCGUGCGUGUGUGUGUAUGAGUGUGUAUGAGUGUGUAUGAGUGUGUGUGUGCGCGCACAUGCAUACUUGUGACAAGACGGUGCUUCUUUAUGUGUGUGGAAAAUAUGCCUCCCAUGAACUGGAAUCCAUUUUUUGUGUUGAAAACUAAUGCAUAGAAGUUGAUGAGGUGAUGACGUUGAACAUUAAAAAACAUAAUCUGGUGUGGCUUUUUUAUUGUGCAGUAGAGCACAAGGUUUGGUUUUAGUGAUGUGGCAAAACUCAAGGAUUCUUCACAAUUCUGUACAAUGGAGGCAUUUAGUCAACAUUCAUCAUUUACAUUGUUUGGUACUAGAACUGAAAAUUCUGUUAAAACCAAAGUAACUCAUAAUUUAACUGAAUUCUUUAAUGAGAGUACCACAGAAAACACAUUUUAAUGAAAUAUUACGAUCAAUUUGCACACAGAAAAUCACGUACCAUCGGCCUAAUGAUGCCAAAUGUAUAUGCAGUGUAUGUACAAUAAGUGACCACUUUAUUAGGUACAGCUGUACACCUGCUCGUUGAUGCAAAUAUCUAA